UAAAAGCUCGCUGAUAAUUGCGACACUUGGUCCCACGUCUAUCAGUUUCCUUUUGCCGAUUCGUAUUCCUUUUGUACAUGAUGAGGACGAUUUUAACGAUACUUGCAAUUUUCUUUGUACGAUAUGCACAUUCACGUGCCGCGCCUGAACCGUUUUUCCGUAACGAUGACGACUGUUCCUUCGGCGUUAAGACGAUAUCACUCUUAGUGUACAACAGUAAUAACAAAGGCCAAAAUAUGAGCAUAACCGACAUGUGUAAUAAUGUCAAGCCAUCGCAAAAGGUUGCCUUUUUAGUCCAUGGCUUCGUCAGCACCGUACAAGCGGGCCAUUUUAGAAGCCUGGCCCUUCAAUUGGCAGAGAAAGGCUAUACAGUAUUUGCGGUGGAUUGGUCUCAAGGAGCUUGCACUACUGGGCUCGCCGUUUUGAAGUUUAUGGAGUAUCCCGAUGCGGCGAAGAACACUCUUGCAGUAGGUCAACACGUGGCAAGCUUUGUCGAGAAACUGAUCAAGGAGUGCGGAGUUCCGUUGGAACAGAUCACGUUCAUCGGCCACAGUCUUGGCGCGCACGUGUGCGGCUUCGCCGCGAAAGAAAUUCGAAACAGGAAACUCGGCACAGUUUCGCUUAUUAUUGCCGCCGAUCCCGCCAAUCCAACGCUCGGUUGCAAGGAUUGCGACGACAGACUCUGUCACACAGAUUGCAGCUGUCUAAAAGUCGUUCACACGUCGACUCUUGGAAUGGGGAAAGCUCUAGGUCACCUAGACUUGCAGUUCAAUAAUGGAAAUAUGCAGCCAGGAUGUUGGGCGGAUUUAAGUCAAGCUUGCUCGCACGGCUUAUCUGUCAAAUAUAUAGAAAAUGCGGCGGGAAAUACAUGCGUAUUCCCUGGAGUUCCUAUAAAAGAAAAGCUAGGCGUUUUCGACAGAACACCCCCUUAUCCUGCUGAUAACGAAACGAAUUGCAUUAUCGUGAACGAGAAUUUACUGGAUCCCAGCUGUUCCAUAAAGGGACAAUACUAUGUAUUCGUGGACAGUAAGACCUACUGUACAGAGAAUCCCCCACUGAAUUGCCAAAAACAAUAGUAGCAAGUUAUUGAAUUUAUGAAACGUUAAUCUCGCAACAAUAAAAAUAAAAUUUUACAAUAGACAUUUGUAAAUGAGUAAUUAAAAUACAUCGUUCUAGCAUGCAGAUCUUUCUUUCUCAAAAUCUUUGAGCCAUUACCGAUGAAAAAAAAACGAACCAUUGUAAUUGAUAAAGCUUAUUAAACUAACAAUAAGUGAUGGACGAAAAGACGGAAAUAGAAGUAUCACAGGC